UACUGCAUCCGACUCAUCGCCAGCUUCGUCUACCGACCGGUCCCCUUGCCAGAGAACCCGACGUAUAUCGCUAGCGAGGAUGUGACGAUCAUUGUGCCUACCAUUGAUGCUGGAGAGGAGUUCCGAGAGGCCGCCUUUUCGUGGCUCGAGGGAAACCCCAAGGAGAUCAUUAUCGUCACCGAGGAAACCAUGAAGGGGCCCUUGCAAGAGCUCGCCAACUCGGUCGACCCGAACAAGAUCCGAGUCUUGACCGUCCCGCUGGCCAACAAGCGAUUGCAGAUGGUUCACGGGAUCAGGCAUACUACCACGGACAUCAUCGUCUUUGCCGAUGACGAUGCCAUCUGGCCGCCGACCCUGUUGCCCUACGUGCUCGCUUGUUUCGAGGAUCAGCAGGUCGGGGGUGUCGGGACGGGUCAAAGGGUCAAACCCUGCGGGACGAGGAUGACCGUUUGGGAAGUCUUGGCCGCGUUCAGGUUGACAAUCAGGAACAUCGAGAUCUCGAGCUCGACCCAUAUCGACGGAGGUAUCCCGUGCUUGUCCGGAAGGACCGCUGCGUACCGUACCGUCAUCCUCAAGGAUCCCGAAUUCAUUCACGGCUUCACCCACGAUUUCUGGAUGGGCAAAUAUCACUUGAACUCGGGGGACGACAAGUUCUUGACCCGCUGGAUGGUCAGCCACGGAUGGAACACCUACGUCCAGGUCUGCAAAGAAGCCGAGCUGUUGUCCACCAUGAAACCGAACUGGAGGUUCCUCAAGCAGGUCCUCCGUUGGACCAGAAACACCGUCAGGAGCGAUUUCCGAAGCCUGGUCACCGAACGGCACGUCUGGCAUAAACACCCCUACGUGGCGUACAGCAUGAUCGAUCGGUUCAUCAACCCGUUCACCUUGCUCGCCGGGCCGGCGUUGGUCUGCGUGUUGUUGUGGAAGAGUACGAGGGCGGUCGAGGAUGGCGGAUAUCAUUUGCCGGCCUGGAGGAUCGUCGUGUCGUACAUUGUCUGGUUAACGGUGACCAGAACCUUGAAAUUGCUGCCGCAUUUGUGGAACAACCCGAAGCACAUCGUCUACGUCCCUGCGUUCAUCGCCUUUGGUUACUAUUUCGCCGUUAUGAAACUUUACGCCAUGUGCACCUUGCACGAGACUGGUUGGGGAACCCGAGCCGGUAUUUCCGAUCCCACCGCCGCCCUCAACGCCGCCGACAAGGAGAACGCGGCGUCUGGGGUCCAGGGAUACUCGUCGGUCCAGCCCGGUACGCCCUCGAACGAAGGCUACGAGAUGUCGGGUGGAGAGCAAAAGGGCUACCAGCGUUGGUAG